GGCGGGGCGCAGCCCGGGGACCCCGGCCCGGUAUCGGUUCUGCUUUCGGCGGGGCGGGAGCACCUGCCCCGGGAUUCCCCACCUGCCGCCGCCGCCCCAUAAGAGCCCGGUGGCGGCGCCGGUGGCGGCACAGACCGAGCAGCGAUGGCUCCGCUCCGCCGCCUCCGCCUCUGCCUGCUCCUCGCUCUGCUGCCGCCGCCUCCCGCGGCACCGGCACCGGCACCGGCACCGGCACCGGGCCCGCUCCGCCCGCCGGACUGGGCCGCCUGCAAGGUCCUGUCCCGGGAGCUGUCGCGGCUGCUGGCGGCGGUCCGGGAACCGCACCCGGUGCUGGAGGGGCUGCAGCUGCUGGAGGACGAACCCCAAAAUUGGCCCCCCCGGAUCCGCUGCAGCGACGCCUGCGACCCCCCGAGCCUGGAGAGCAACCACACGCGCUGCCUGCAGCGGGUCCGGCAGGCCCUGCAGCACUACCGGGACCUGCUGGGCUCCGACAUCUUCCGCGAGCAGCCGCAGCCGCAGCUGCAGAGCGCCGUGGAGCGGCUGCUGCGCCACGUCCCGGACGGGCACGGUCGCGCCCCCCGACCCCUGCUGGCGCCCACCCUGCUCUGGGAGCAGCCGGUGCACCGGCACCGGGCCCUGAACCGGCUCCGCUCCUUCGCCGCCCUCAUCGGCCGCGUCUUCAACCACAGCGCCCGCUGA